UGAUCAACUGACCUGUAGAGCCCGAUCAUGUGACAGAAUGGAGGCGUCGCUAUUCAGUACACACAGACACACACGCACUAACACUCACCGUACACGACCAGGAACCCAUUUCACAACAUUCAGCUACGUCUUAAACGAAUGUAGGGAAUAGAGCCCUCGACGUUCAUAUCAAAUCAUCACAAUGAAAUGAGGGGAUCAUGGGGGCCAAAGAGUCGAGGAUCGGAUUCCUGUCGUACGACGAGGCGGUCAAGAGAGUUACGGAUAUUGAGCUGAAGAGGUUGAAGGAUGCCUUCAAAAGAACCAGUGGACUCUCAUUUUACAUGACCCAGCAAUGCUUCUUCAAGGAAGUCCUGGGAGAUGGAGUUCCUCCUAAAGUGUCUGAGGUGAUCUACAACUCAUUUGGGGGAACAUCUAAAGGGCUGCACUUCAAUAAUCUAAUUGUCGGUCUGGUGCUGCUGACUCGAGGACGCAUCGAGGAGAAGGCCAAAUACCUCUUCAGCCUGUUUGCCAGCGAUCUUGGCGGAUAUGCUGCCAGGGAAGAUAUUGAAGCUGUCCUGCAGAUCCUCGAUGGUGAAGUCCCAGCCUCCCUCAGGAAGUGCUUCAAUGAGGGCGAUAAGGUGAACUACGAGCGCUUCAGGGCCUGGGUGCUACAGAACAAAGAGGCCUUCACUUUUUCCAGAUGGCUCCUGUCUGCUGGAGUAUGUGUCACUCUAACCGAUGACAGUGACACCCCCACCUUCUACCAGACGCUAGCUGGAGUCACACACUUGGAGGAAUCUGACAUCAUCGACUUAGAAAAGCGCUACUGGCUGCUGAAAGCUCAGUCCAGAACUGGACGGUUUGACUUGGAAACCUUUGUCCCGCUGGUGUCUCCACCCAUCCAUGCCACAUUGAGUGAAGGGUUAUUUCAUGCCUUUGAUGAGAAUCGGGACAAUCACAUUGACUUCAAGGAGAUCUCCUGUGGACUGUCUGCAUGCUGCAGGGGGCCAGUUGCUGAAAGGCAGAAAUUUUGCUUCAAAGUGUUUGAUGUUGACCGCGAUGGAGUUCUUUCUCGUACUGAAUUGCAUGAAAUGGUUGUGGCCUUGCUGGAGGUGUGGAAGGACAAUCGCAUCGACACUUUACCUGAGCACCGCAAUAGUGUGUCUGAUAUAGUGGAGGACAUCCUGAAGAUGCAUGACACCACCAAGAAUGGUCACCUGACUUUGGAAGACUACCAGAUAUGGAGUGUCAAAAGUUCUUUGGCCAAUGAAUUCCUCAACCUGCUUUUCCAAGUAUGUCACAUAGUUUUGGGGCUUCGACCAGCAACCCCAGAGGAGGAGGGUCAAAUCAUCAGGGGCUGGCUUGAAAGGGAGAGCAGACAUGGGCUGCAGCAAGGCCAGAGCUGGUUCCUUAUUUCUAUGCUUUGGUGGCAGCAGUGGAAGGACUACGUCCAAUAUGAGCACAAGGGUAUUGUGGUGGAACAGCCGUCCAUCAUGAGCUUGCUGCAGAACUCUCUUGCCUCUGCCAGUGGUGAUCCAGCGCCACUGGACCAGCUGGGAAGAGUGGGGAGCUUUGACAGCCCAACCAAAGAGACGUCCUUUGAUGCUGUGUCUAGUGCUUCUGAGGCGACAGAGUCAGCCUUGAGUCUUCCUUCUGCGACAGAAAGCUGCUUUGCUCGUCCACAUGCCACGGCGGAAAAUAAUAAUCAAUGCUUUUCUGCACCGAACGGACACCUUCCCUCCCAGCAGAUUGCACAGAGACCUGGCGCCAUUGACAACCAGACCCUGGUCACCACUGACCCUGUGAAAGCGCCAACGUUAACCAUGGAGGGAGGACGGCUGAAGCAUAGUUUGCAACUUGUGCCUGGUAGAGACUUUGAGGUGGUGCCAGAGCCAGUGUGGCGGGCCCUGUAUCAUUGGUAUGGCGCCAACCUCAGUUUGCCACGACCGGUAAUCCUGGAGAGUAAGACCAAGCGACCUGAACUGGAGCUCUUCCCCCGUUACCUCCUCUUCCUCCGCCAGCAGCCUGCCACUCGAACCCCCCAAUCCAACAUCUGGGUCAAUAUGGGUAUGACCAGCCUGAGAAUGCUUCCACCACACUUACCACCGCUCAGAGCAGGUAACGUGCCAUCUCCUAACGCUCCCCUGAAGCGAGUGUUGGCCUACACCGGCUCGUUCAGUCGCAUGGGCACUAUCAAAGACAUCCAUCUCUACCUGUCCCAGCGGCUUCGUAUCAAAGAGGAGGACAUGAGGCUGUGGCUGUACAACAGUGAGAAUUACCUCACUCUCUUGGACGAUGAGGAUCACACUCUGGAAAGUCUGAAAAUUUAUGACGAGCAGCAGUUGGUCAUUGAGGUCCGUAACAAAGACAUGAGCUGGCCUGAAGAAAUGUCCUUCAUUGCCAACAGUAGCAAAAUGGAUCGACACAAAGUUCCCACAGAGAAGGGGGCCACGGGCCUCAGCAACCUGGGGAAUACCUGUUUCAUGAACUCCAGCAUUCAGUGUGUGAGCAACACUAAACCUCUGACAGACUACUUCAUCUCAGGAAGACACCUCUAUGAGCUUAACAGAACUAACCCCAUCGGAAUGCGAGGUCACAUGGCCAAGUGUUAUGGCGACCUGGUGAUGGAGCUGUGGAGUGGGACACAGAAGAACGUGGCUCCUCUCAAACUUAGAUGGACCAUAGCAAAGUAUGCCCCACGUUUCAAUGGCUUCCAACAACAAGACUCCCAGGAACUACUUGCCUUUCUGCUGGAUGGACUGCAUGAGGACCUGAACCGAGUCCAUGAGAAACCCUAUGUAGAACUGAAGGACAGCGAUGGUCGGCCCGACUGGGAAGUGGCUUCUGAGGCAUGGGAGAACCAUCUGCGUAGGAACCGCUCUAUCGUGGUAGACCUGUUCCACGGUCAGCUGAAAUCCCAGGUGAAGUGCAAGACCUGUGGUCACAUCAGCGCUCGCUUUGACCCCUUCAACUUCCUUUCACUGCCUCUACCUAUGGACAGCUCCAUGCAUCUGGAGAUCACUGUCAUUAAACUGGAUGGCACCACUCCAGUGCGGUUCGGGCUGAGGCUGAACAUGGACGAGAAGUACACAGGGCUGAAAAAGCAGCUGAGUGAACUGUGCAGCCUGAAGCCUGAGCAGAUUUUGCUGGCUGAGGUCCACACCUCCAACAUCAAGAAUUUUCCACUGGAUAACCAGAAGGUCCGUCUGUCUGUUAACGGAUUCCUGUGUGCUUUUGAGAUCCCAGUGCCAGGUUCUCCAACAUCCCUCUGUUCUCCCAAUCUGAGAGAUGUUACUCCGAUGGCCAACAGUUCAGUUUCCAAUGACCAAAUGGAUUCUAGUCCUACACUUAUUCCCAAUGGUGGACCCUCUCUAGCAGCCUGCAGUCCAGAGACGCCCCUGGCCAAUGGUGUUGCCAAUGGUCACGUCACACCGGUGCAAGAAAGCCCCUUCAUUGGCUACAUUAUUGCCAUGCACAGGAAGAUGAUGCGCACAGAGUUGUACUUCCUGUCAUCGCAAAAAAACAGACCCAGCUUGUUUGGCAUGCCGCUCAUAGUCCCAUGCACCGUCCACACUAGCAAGAAGGACUUGUAUGAUGCUGUUUGGAUUCAAGUGUCUCGACUGGCCAGUCCACUGCCUCCUCAGGAGGCCAGUAACCAUGCUCAGGACUGUGAUGACAGCAUGGGCUACCAGUAUCCAUUUACGUUACGGGUAGUGGGAAAAGAUGGCAACUCCUGUGCCUGGUGCCCAUGGUAUAGAUUCUGUCGUGGCUGCACAGUGGACUGUACAGAAGAGCGGGCCUCCGUGGGAAAUGCCUACAUUGCUGUUGACUGGGAUCCCACUGCCCUACAUCUUCGAUAUCAAACCUCCCAGGAGAGGAUUGUGGAGGAGCACUGCAGUGUGGAGCAGUCCCGGCGGGCCCAGGCAGAGCCCAUCAGCCUGGACAGCUGUCUCAAGGCCUUCACCAGUGAGGAAGAGCUUGGAGAGGACGAGCUCUACUAUUGCUCCAAAUGUAAGACUCACCGGUUAGCCACCAAGAAGCUGGACCUCUGGCGGCUGCCCCCCAUCCUGAUUGUUCACCUGAAGCGCUUCCAGUUUGUAAACGGCCGCUGGAUAAAGUCUCAGAAGAUAGUGAAAUUUCCUCGAGAGAAUUUUGACCCCAGCGCCUUCCUGGCCCCCAGAGAGCUGGAGCCAUCCUGCCUGCACUCUCGCAGUCAGAGUGAAGACCUUCUGAGGGUCGGUGAAGACAACCUGUCAUCCAUCUCUGCCCCGGCUGGAUUCUGCAACCUGUACAAAGCCUCACCAGCCUCCAGCAGGAAGUCUGCCCAGUCGUUGAGCCGCGGCAGCAGCCCCUCCAGCAGUCCCAAAGCUGGCGGUGGAAGCCGCAGACCAGGGCGCUUACGUCUGCCCCAGCUCGGCAGCAGACACAGACUCUCCAGUAGCAAGGAGAACCUCGACAGUGCCUCAGUUAUAGAUGCAGAGCAGCGAGAGGACACGCCUCAAGCAGAAGGAGGAUCCGGAUCGGCCGAGUCGUCUUUCAGCACAGAGGCGUCUAGCAGCCACUGUGACGUGGUUCUAAUGAACGGUGACAGCAACGGCCUGUACUCGGACUGCAGCAUGGACAGUCGCUCAGAUCUGGACUGCUCCCUGCUCCUGCACAGAAACCAGUGUCUGGAUGCCAUGUACAGUCUUUAUGCAAUAUCGUGUCAUUCGGGAAUCAUGGGAGGAGGCCACUAUGUAACGUACGCCAAAAACCCCAACGACAAGUGGUACUGUUACAACGACAGCAGCUGCAAGGAAGUUCACUCACAGGAGAUCGACACAGACUCGGCCUACAUCCUGUUCUACGAGCAGCAGGGUGUCAACUACUCCCAGUUCCUGCCGAGGAUCGAUGGCAAGAAGAUGGCCGACACCAGUAGCAUGGACGAGGACUUUGAGUCAGACUACAGGAAGUACUGCAUCCUGCAGUGACUGCAGCUCGCCUCCCUGAAACCCAACGAUCCGAUGACCUCUGGUGAAAGCACUAAAAACACGCUCCUCCUCUGCGCUUGCCAUGAACUCAUUACAUCUCUGAAUGUGGCCAAUUCUCUUUACUUGUGACUGAACCAUUGAGCCCCAUGAAGAAAAACCACAAGAGACCUAGGCUGAAAGUGUUAAGGCCAAACCCUUUUCAAGGUUCAACUUUUCAACAGAUGCUGUGAGAUUUUAACGCAAACUUUGAUCAGUGAGUCCAGACAAACGUUAGUCCCUCACUACCUCAUCAGAUCUUCAGCCCGCCAUUAACACCCAAGUCAGUAUUAAGACACACAUUUCAGGUAGCACACUCGAGUUCCUGAAGAGACACUGGGCUCCGAUUUCGCCAAAAGCUUCCACUGAUGAAAAGAGAUUUGUGCAAUGUUGACUUGUAAAGCAUCUCAUAUGCCAAGAGAUGAAGGGAGAGGGAAAUAUUGUUGAUUUCUGAUAAUUUUAUAUAGAUUUUUAUUAUUUUUUGUGUUGAUGCUUUUUAUGAAAGAAAGUCAUCCUUGUAGUAAGGAAUGAAACCCACAUGACGUGUGGAUCUUUCACCGUUUGCACCUUGUUUUUGUUUCUUUUCUCAGCUGUUUGAUCGGUGGCUGUUCCUCAGAACAUGCCUGCAUGAUACCAACAUCAAUACCAUAGAUCCAGGAAUUAUCUCACUCUUGUAGUCAUAAUGAAAAAAAGGAUGCUGCUGAUGAGUUUGCUGCUAUUCUACUUUUAUUUAAAACCAAAUUCAUAAAUGUAGCAAGUUAAAGCCAUUAAAGUGAUUCAGCUGUGUUACCACUCCAAUUAUUAUUAUUUUCUUACAGAUCUAAGGUCAAUUUCCCGUGUAUUCAAUGGCAUUUUCUGGUAUUGGGUACCACAUCAGUUGUGUACUCAAGACGUCUUUCCACCAUCACCACAUUAACAUUGAACACGUUUGGUUUUUUUUAAUGACAAUUUGUCAAUUAAAAUUCUGUGAAUUGAUGUGUCAUCAGAUUCGCCCUCACAAACCUGUAGAGUAGUGAAACUUGAUUUACCUUUCUUCAUUAAGAAGUGUUAUCUUCAGUCCCAGGUUGAGUUUCCAUUGAUGCUUGCCAACAUGAUGGAGGAGAAAGGUGAUUCCUCCUGCCGUUUAAGCCGCACAAUUUCCUUCUGCUGUUCUCUCUGCGUUUGUUUCCAUAAAUCCAUUUCAAGUCCGAAAAUAUUCAGCCCUGUGCUGGUCCCUCCAGCGUGCCAGACAAGCAAGAGUGAAAAGUGUUUUGAGACCUUGUAUGCGAUGUGAAUUCACCCCAGAAGAGAGAUGUGAAUAACUUCAGUUGCCUGUGGAACCCCGAUGAGGAGAUGUUCUGCUUUUGAUAACGUGCCUCAGCUGAGGGAACAAUCAACCGCUCAUUUCUUCUCGGCUUUAAUGAACUGUUGGUCACUGUGAUCACACCUCAGCUGUCGAUUUGGAGCAGGAUUUUCCUUUGACUGUAAUUACUGUUGUUGCUGUGAGUCUGUGGCGCUUGUUUUUCUUCCUCAAAGGGACGCUGAUGUUUUCUUGGUUUACUUAAGGUGCAAUAUCUGUCGGGGUCUCUAUGGUUCUGAAUGUUCCUGGUAUCAACUGAUGACUAGGGCAAGUGUUGAAGCAAAAAAAAAAAAAAAAAAAAAAGUCUUGUCAACCACAGGUCCAGCUAGUUUCACCCCCUCGGCUGAGCAGACGUGCGUCUGUGGGCAGUGGGUCCUACUACUGAGCUGUCUGUCAGAGUCUGUAGCCCCUAUUUAAACCUGAUUUAUGUCAAAUCAGAACAAGGUGUUUAAUUUAAUGAAUUCUUUUUGUAAAAGGUGUUGUUUUUUUUUUUUUGAAAGAAAGUGACAUUGCACUGACGUGUACAUAUGAAAGUGUGUUUUGUAAAUAAGUCGAUGGAAAAAAAAAACGAUGUAUUUGAAUAUGAACUGUACAAACUACUGUACUUGUAGUUGUAUCUGGAGUGAUCCUGUUCUUUAACUAAUACCCAAGCAACUAAUUAAACUGCAGACCGAGA